AUGCCGUACUUCCGCUUCCGUGCCUACAGUGAGCUGAAGAAGGAUCUCGCCCGUCUUAGUAUGGCGAGCGAGCCUGAUACAGACCCUCAGACAUGGGACGCUGAGCCGCGCGUGCCAACUUCCGCAGCAUUCAAUGCUGCAACGCAGACAUCUGACGACGGAACCAUGUCCAGCAGUGAUGACGGGGGCGUUCUUCUCACGCCGCAGCAGACCGACAGCGAGAAUGAGUCGACCGACAGCGAUGACCACCCCAAAGUCCUAACGCCCCAGGGCACCGGCAACGACGCUCCCAACGAGGGAACCAUCAUGUUCUUCCCCUGGCGCACGCAGCUCGGAUGUCCGACCCUCGAGCAGAUCAAGAAGCACCGCAGCUUCGAAGAGGUCUUCUCCAGCAGCGACUUCCGCAACUGGGACUGCCUGCAGCCCGCCGAGCAGACCCGCCGCCGCGUCCUGGCGCGCAAGAUCAAUAAUCCAGCCAACAAGCCCGCGGAUGCGGCGUGCGACAUCUGUGCGCGUGUCGAUCCGCACGUGGACCUGUGCUGCGAGAGCUGCACCACCUACUUCCACCUGGAGUGCGCCUGGAACCGGCACGGUGCGAUUGAAUGGGGCACUGAGUAUAAAUCCAGGAUUCCUAUGCAUUGCCCGGUGUGUCGCAAGCCGUGGAGGUUUGGUGCUGAUCUGUUCGACCAGGGGCUGCUGAAGAAUGACGAGGAUGAGGUGGUGAAGCGGGCCGAGAGUUUCCAGUACUUGAAGAUGGAGGGUCAUGUUUGGAAGUGA